AUGAUUAGAAGUUCAAGGUCUUUGGUUAGAUCUACAACUAGAGUGUUGACCAGAUCAACACCGCAAACGAUCUCAUUGCGCCGUAUCCCCAGGUGCUGCAACCAAUUCCAGAAUAUAACCAGGUCCUUGGCAACUGCAAACACCUCGCUGGAGAACUACGCCAAGGUUUUCAACCCCAAUGCUGAAAAAGUAUCGUUAUCGAACUUGGAUACAUUUGCAAGAAGACACAUUGGCCCAACUCCCGCCAAUGUCAGGUACAUGCUUGAAACGUUGGGUUACUCCGACCUUGAUGAGUUCUUGAGCAAUGCCGUGCCCGAGCACAUCUUGAUCAAGCGUAAAUUGCAAGUCCAGCCUCAACAGGGGUUCACUGAGCAAGAGAUGUUGAAACACUUGCACUCAAUCGCUGACAAGAACAAGAUCUACAAGUCUUUUAUCGGGAAAGGUUACGCCGGCACUUUGUUGCCUCCUGUUAUCCAAAGAAACUUGUUGGAGAGCCCCGAAUGGUACACGAGUUAUACGCCAUACCAGCCCGAGAUUUCCCAGGGGAGAUUGCAAAGUCUUUUGAAUUACCAGACGAUGAUUACCUCGUUGACUGGGUUAGACAUGGCCAAUGCUUCCUUGUUGGACGAAGGUACUGCUGCUGGUGAAGCCAUGAAUUUAUCCUUCCACAAUGCCAAGGGCAAAAAACACAUUUACGUGAUUGACGCUGAAUUGCACCCACAGACUAAGGACGUUAUUAAAUCAAGAGCUGAAAACAUCAAUGUCGAAAUCAAGGAGUUGAAUUUGGCCUCUGAAGACGGAGUCAGCGAGUUGAAGAGCAUCAUCAAGGACGUUUGUGGUGCAUUGGUGCAAUAUCCAACCACCACUGGCUCGAUCCACAACUACUCGCAAAUUGGCGAGAUUUUGCACGAAAACAAGGCUCUUUUCGCCAUGGCUGCUGAUUUGCUCGCGUUGACAUUGAUCAAGCCGCCAAGUUACUACGGUGCCGAUAUUGCCUUGGGCACUUCUCAAAGAUUCGGGGUGCCCUUUGGUUACGGUGGCCCCCACGCAGCCUUUUUUGCUACUUCAUCAAAAUACGCCAGAAAAAUCCCCGGAAGAAUCGUUGGUGUUUCCAAGGACAGAUUGGGCAACCCUGCGUUGAGAUUAGCGUUGCAAACUAGAGAGCAACACAUCAAGAGAGAAAAAGCCACUUCAAACAUUUGUACUGCACAGGCCUUGUUGGCCAACAUUGCCGCCAACUACGCCGUUUUCCAUGGUCCUGAAGGGUUGAAAAACAUUGCAAAGAGAGUUUAUGGAUUCACCACCUUGUUGGCAAAGGAGAUUGCUAAGAGCCAGAAACACGAGAUUGUCAAUGACAAGUGGUUUGAUACAUUAACCAUAAAAUUGAAUGACGUUACCGCUGACGAAAUCUUGCAAAAGGCCUUGAGCAAGUAUGGAAUCAAUCUUUUCAAAGUUGACGACUCGACCGUCUCCUUGCAAUUGGAUGAAACCGUUGAAAAGCAAGAUUUGGUCAACUUGGUUGAACUAUUUACCGGUGGCUCAUUCGUGGCACCCACAGAGGAACUUCCAUCUAUCCCUGCCGAGUUGGUGAGAACAGACGAAAUCUUACCUCACGAAGUUUUCCAUUCGCACCACUCGGAAACGGCCAUGUUGAGAUACUUGCACCUCUUGCAAUCCAAGGACUUGUCCUUGGCAAACUCGAUGAUCCCCUUGGGCUCAUGUACGAUGAAGUUAAACUCCACGGUUGAGAUGCAGACUUUGUCCAUCCCCGGAUUCAACUCGAUCCACCCCUUUGUGCCAGCAGACCAGGCUCAAGGUUACAAGGAGCUCGUUGAUGAAUUUGAAAAAGAUCUCAAUGACAUCACUGGAUUUGACGCCACCACCUCGAUGCCCAACUCUGGUGCUCAAGGAGAAUACACGGGUCUUUCUUUGAUUAGACAAUACCACAAAUCCAGAGGUGAAUACGAGCAGAGGAACAUCUGUCUUAUUCCCGUGAGUGCUCACGGUACCAACCCCGCCUCAGCGGCGAUGUGCGGCUUGAAAGUGGUUCCCGUCAAGUGCUUGGACAAUGGUUCAAUCGAUUUGAAAGAUUUGCAAGACAAGGCCGAAAAACAUGCUCAGAACUUGUGCUCCAUCAUGAUCACUUACCCUUCCACGUAUGGUCUUUUCGAGCCAGGGGUGAAACAGGCCAUUGACAUUGUUCACCAGAAUGGAGGCUUGGUUUACCUCGACGGUGCCAAUAUGAAUGCGCAAGUUGGAUUGACUUCGCCCGGCGACUUGGGCGCAGACGUGUGCCACUUGAACAUCCACAAGACGUUUGCCUUGAGUCACGGUGGCGGUGGUCCCGGCCAAGCACCAGUGUGCGUUAAAGAGCACUUGAAGCCAUUUUUGCCUCAGCACCACUUUGUCAAUACUCCCCACUCGACGGUUGAGUCGAUCAAAUCGGUCAACUCUGCGCCCUUUGGAAGCGCUUCGGUGAUUCCAGUGUCAUAUUCGUACAUCAAGAUGUUGGGAUCCGACUCAUUGCCCUAUGUUUCCACGAUUGCCAUGUUGAACGCCAACUACAUCUUGGCUAAAUUGAAGCCCCAUUUCAAGAUUUUGUUUGUUGACCCCGAGGCAUCGUCUGAAGAAGGGUUGAAGCACUGCGCCCACGAGUUCAUAUUGGACUUGAGGGAGUUUCAAAAGAAUGGCAUCGAGGCCAUCGACAUUGCCAAAAGGUUGCAAGAUUACGGGUUCCAUGCGCCCACCAUGUCCUUCCCUGUUGCCGGCACUUUGAUGAUUGAGCCCACCGAGUCGGAGAACCUUGCCGAGUUGGACCGGUUCAUUGACUCCUUCAUCUCUAUCCGUAAAGAGAUUGACGCUUAUAUCGCGGGCGAGCCAUUGGGACAAGUGUUGAAGAAUGCUCCACACUCGUUGCAGGAUAUCAUCAGCUCCAACGAUUGGGAAACUAGGGGCUACACUCGAGAAGAUGCAGCUUACCCCUUGCCAUUUUUGAAAGAGAACAAAUGCUGGCCUACUGUCUCGCGGGUCAAUGACACGUAUGGAGAUAUGAACUUGAUGUGCACGUGCCCUUCAGUUGAGGAAGUGGCAGCUGACCAGAAUUGA